GCCGUGGUCGCUGCAGGACGACGAACUCACGAAGGAAACUUUUAAAGCUCGUAGACUUCACAUCAGAAGCAUGUGUUGCUCAUCAGCUGCUUCUAAAAUCACCCAUAUUAUAUUAUUUUUAAAUAACAUAAUAUAAUAUUCUAAGGAAUCAUAAUUUGCGAUCAAUAUUGCGUUACGCAAUCGUAAUCUCUUACAUUAUUGAGAAACUAUUAAGUGCUCGCGAUAGUGAAAGAAUUGUGAAUAAGGCAACAAACUUUACGGAACAUAACUAAACUUUUUGAACUUUGUUCACACGCUUGUCAGACUAAACAAACAUUUUUAAACGCAGUUAACUGCCAUUACCAAACUGUGUAAAAGUGCCUAGAAAAUUUAAAUUUCAUAGAAAAUACGGUUUAUCCAUCAUAUGAGGAAAAUGGAGUGUCUUCGUACAUUAUCAGCGUUCCACUUUUGGUUCCACGUUUGUCUGGCAUUUUAUUUCGUAACCACUCAAGCGACGUGCGAAGCUUUACGUGAUGAGAAAUCUGAUUUUACAAACCACUCGGCGUCUCCUGAUCCAAGUGCAGUGCAUGAUUCUUUUACCGGCACCUCCCUUGAAGGCAACGCCACUGUGCUGGUGAACGACACCAACACACAACAACACUUCUUGAACGACACCAACACACAACAACAAUUCUUGAACGACACCAACACACCAGCAUCGGGCAACAGCAGCACCAAAGACCAUUUCACGGACCUGCAACAUCCCGCCCCCAUCGGCUGCACCGUCUCGUAUUUCUCAAGCAAAACUGUGCCCUGUGCUCUGGCGUUGGAGUAUCGCGGGUCUCCCCCAGCCUGGUUCUUGAAGGAACAUUUGCCUGACAGCCUCAGCGCCAUUUCAACGACCCUCCUCUCACAGUUCGGCUCCGAACAGGUGUGUGGAUGCAGGAGACCUGACCUGAGCUCAACCUGCCCCCCGGACCUCCAUCAGGCUGCCGCCAUCAUCACAGCCGCCUGCCCUGAAGCUUGAAACACAAUAAGAAAUUAACGGGUCAAAUUGUCCAAAAUCAUGGGUUUAAUUGUCAAAAUCAGGGGUAAAAUUUUCAAAAUUCCAGUAAAAUUUUUAUUGUCCAAAUCAUGACAUAUUUUCUGUUUUCUGCAUGUAGCACCGAUAAGCACAAAUAUACGGCCAAAGCGGGUCAAGACGACACAGAAAAUUGCUUCGCUAUUUGAACAAAAUUUCACAUAAUUCAACGAGUGUAUUAUUAUUUACAAGAGUUGGUAUGCGUGGACUCAUGUUCACAAUGCUAUUGUAGACUGACAUGUUAGGCCUACUCUCUAAACCUUGCUUGCAGUGGCAGACGCUGUCAAAAGAAGUAAUAUUUGACAUAUAUUGCCGUCAUUAAAAAAUAAUUGGUAUAGGUCACAAGCUUUUCUGUUAAAAUUAACAUGCUCAAGAUAUGAGCAAUUCUUGCUUUAUGUUUACUACUAUAUUUGGCAUAGUCAACUUAAAUAAAUUUCUUGUUUGGUUGCUAAGGUUGCAUGUUAGCAUUGCGAUUCGUAGACUAAGAUGACAAUAUUCUAUUAGUAAGGCAGUACUCGAUCAUUGUGUGUAGCGGCUUGAACAACUUUUUGACCUCCAAACUUUCUGCCUUCUUCACACCACCCACAAAAUCAACGUUUGAUUCAAAUAUUUGACACUUUUCAUCUCUUCAAGAAUUAAAGUAAGGUUCUUUACCACAUCUGUACGAAGCAAGAAGUAAGAAAAAUCAUUUCAAUUGUCGGUCCGCUCCAUAAACUCUUGCUAUUGAGUUCCUUGUAAUUAUAAUACAAUACUUUAUAAUGAAUACAAGUAUAACGAUUAAUUGGUUGCAAAGGUUUUAUAGGUUAAUCGUCACGAUACGUACGAUCAUUAGCACUGCAAUACAGAUGACGUCCGAAUAAUAGCACCGAUAUAAAAAAAUUAAUUUUCUCACGUCUUUUUACCCAUACUAGGUAUUUGCUUUUACCUGCAGUUAUUAUUUUUUAAUAUUGAGGUUUCCGGAUAUAACUUUAAGUGGAAUAUAUAUCAAGUGCUUCAGUAAGUUUUGUAACAAAAUUCGUAAAUCAAAUAAAUUAACUGCCAAUU